AAGAAGCAGCAGCAGCAGCAGCAGCAGCGGCGGCGGCAGUAAUAGAAGAAGAAGAAGAAGCAGAAGCAGCAGAAGCAGAAGAGGAAGCAAAAAGGAAGAAGAAGCAGAAGAGGAAGCAAAAAGGAAGAAGAAGAAGAAAGCUGGAUCGUCAUGACGCAGUGCCCGGGCUGCGGGUGGAGGAAGUGACGGGCUCGGGGUCCGAGGGGAGCGUAGUAGCGUGUUAAACGGGUCUACAGCGUCUCUCCGGCGGUCAGGUGACGUGAGGGCACCGGCACGCCAACACAGACGCUGCUUCAUAACCACAAACGGCUGAGGCGGGGAAAGUUGGAACCAGGCUGAAUACGAGAGUCGAGCAGCUUGUUGAUUACAACCAUGUCGGACUUCCUGUACCAGCUGCCCGCCGGCCUGCUGGCAGAGUUCUGCCGGAUCAUGGACGGACUGUCCGACCCGGACUGGAUCCGAUUCGCCUCAGAGGUACUGAGUGACCAGAUUGACGUGCGAUUGGCUGUGCGGAAAGAGAGGCGGACUGACUGGGUGAUGAACCAAUGGGAGAACAGGAAUGGUCGAAUUGGGGCGCUGGUUGACCUGUUGGAGCGUCUGCACUUCCUGAGGGCCAGAGACAUCAUCCUGGGCUGGAGGUUGUCAUCUCCUCCUCCAUCAACCUUGCAGCCUCCCCUCCCUCCUCCGUCAGAAUAUAUGCUAAAACCCAGUCUGUACCCUGUCUGCCCGACCACACACCCACCCAGUGGAUCUGGAGGACAGAGACCCCUUCCCAAACCAGGCCCUCCCCCGUCCUAUCUAGUCUCUGGAGUCCAGCAACCACUGCAGGUUGACAAGAGCAGUGGUGUCACAAUAUUUGGUGGUGGGGUGAUGGAGUGGGCGUAUGAAGAGGUGCAUGCUGGGACGCAGGGCUUCUCUCCAAGCCUACAGCUCGGGGAGGGAGGCUUCGGGCACGUCUACAGAGCCUCCAUGAAGAACACCACAUACGCCGUCAAACGCCUCAAACAGGAUUCUCCAUCAGGCUGCAGGCUGGUGGAGCAGAGCUUCAAGACAGAGGUGGAGAAACUGUCUCAGUACAGACACCCCAACAUUGUAGAAUUAUUGGGGUUCAGUGUCGAAGGAGGGAAGAACACUUAUUGCCUGAUCUACGGCUUCAUGGCGAACGGAUCUCUGGAAGACCGACUGCACAGCUUGGCCACCGGUGCACUCUCCUGGCUGCAGCGCGUCAGUGUAUUGGAAGGAGCGUCCAGAGCGUUGCAGUUCCUCCACCAUCCUCCUGAGCGUCAUGCUCCGCUGGUCCAUGGAGAUGUGAAAAGCUCUAAUAUCCUGCUCGAUCAGUUCCUGGUUCCUAAGAUGGGUGACUUUGGCCUGGCCCAGUUCUGCAGGGGUUUGUCCAGUAAGACAGGUGGAAAGACGGGCAGUGAGACAAGCUAUGUUGGACGGACAAGUGUCGUGCAGGGGACUGUGGCUUACCUACCAGAUGACUACAUCCAAACUGGAGAGCUGGGGACUGCGGUCGAUGUCUUCAGCUUGGGAGUGGUAUUGUUAGAGAUACUGACAGGUCGCAGAGCUCUGGAGAUUGACAAGCACUCUAAAACCACAUACCUGAAAGAUCUGGUGUUAGAGCUACAGGGCGGCAAUGGCGGUGUCUCUCAGAACCAGAUUAAGUCCUCUGCUGCUGAGGUCUGCAGGACUCAUCUGGACCCUUGCCUGCAAAGCGGUCCUGCUCAGGACAGCGGGCCGGCCAGAGCGGGGGUCCCUGUGGAGGCUGGCUUCUCGGGGCCAGCUGGAUGUAUUGAAGUGGCUGCUCUCGCCUGCCGAGCUCUGGACCGCAGGAGAAAGAAAAGACCUCACAUGACUGAGGUGUUUCAGAAACUGCAGGACCUCCUCAACAAUUUGAGAACCUCGCCUCCUCAACCUCCGACCCCCUCCCUCUCCCUGGACUCCAGUCUGGGAUCUUCGUCCCAGCAGCUGGAUAAAGUAGGACCACUGGAGGACACGUACUGUCUCCAGAACCCCUGCUGCUUACCUUCCAGUCCUUGUGAGACUGAUGAGAGCCAGGGCUUCUCUCAGUACCAGGCAUUCUCUGGACACACUCAGAACCAGUACAGGUCUUUGUCACCAUCUAUCAGAUCCCAGCAUAACUAUUCCAGUGAUUUGAUGGGAAACCAGUUCAGCGCUGCCUCCCAGCCUACAGAGUCCCACUACAGUCCUCCCAGUAGGAACCAGGACAGCUCUCUUACCCAGCCCAGUAAGACCAGUAAUAUGGACGGGUCUGGGCCCUGGGAUAGUCCCAAUCAUGAGCGGCCUUCUGCAGUGGAAUGUGAGACAGACAGCAGGACAGACAGAUCAGUGGGGAAUCUCCAUCCAGAUGCCUCCUCCUUCUCCCCUGCCCGCUCCCUUAGGUCCUCGUCCCCGGGACCCGCCGGUGGAGUGCAAGCAGAACCAGAGGAGAGUGAUGAACUGGACUUCCUGCCUGGUUAAUCUGUCCUGCCAGACUGGUUUCCUGCCUGUCUGUCUGUCUGCCUGCUCACUACAAAUCCUCCACCUCAGUGACUGACUGACUGGUUUGUUGUCUGUCAGAUGAAUACAAAGUGACUGGUUGCAUUGUGGUUAAUUUACAAACAACUCUUUGUGUGUGUGUGUGUGUGUGUGUGUGUGUGUGUGUGUGUGUGUGUGUGUGUGUGUGUGUGUGUGUGUGUGUGUGUGUGUGUGUGUGCGUGCGUGGGUGAGAGAGGAGACGUGUGUCAUAGAAUUAUGUUCAGAAUGAACGAGAUGGAAACAGACAGGAAACGGGAAGAAACAAAGGAAAAGGAGACACUUCCAUGCGAGCUAAUAAAAGUAGUUGUGUGAUAUUUUGGACCAAUCACAGAGCAGUUCUCAGCCCAUUUCAAAACCACUUUAAAACAUCGUGAAAUUAAAAUGUCUUUACAUUUCUUCAUAGAUUUUUGUUAUUGUAUAUUUAUUCAAAUUUUUCUGCUAUUUUCCUGAUAAUUUUCAUCAACAAAGUGAACAGUGCUGUGUAGAAGUCCACUGCUUCAUUUGUUCUCAAAUAUGUGUUUUGCUGGUAUGAAACAACACUUAUUUUGUCAGCAGAAUUUAGCUUGGCGCAGCACACCUGACAGCUGCUUUAAUGUCCACACAGUCACAGAGUUACUAAGAAGGACAGUGUAGCUUAUAGAUUUUACCAGGGUUGGUAGACAGUGGAUGAUUGACAGGCGAGAAUAGGCAUUGUGGUGGGUGUGAAUAUGAUUGACAGCCACGAGAAUUGUCCAAUCACAUUAGAAAAAAAACCCUGAAGAAACCAAUCAGACAGCAGCCUCAGGUCACCUGCUCACCACAAGUUCAAGGGCUUACAUAAGGUAUGGUUUGGCUGCCGCCCCUCACCCAGGAAGUAUAUGUAUUCAGACAGGAAGUAUAUGUAUUCAGACAGGAACCAACCAAACACCAUUUGAACCAGUAUUUAAUUCUGCUGACAGGCGCUCACAGACUAACAACAUUUUAUUUCAUCAUUGUUUGCAUUAUACAGCUAGAUUAUAUUUAAUUAACAUGUUUAAGUAGAUUUUCAUCUCUUGAUAUUUGAAGGGGGCGGCGCCCCAGCGCCGUCUACUGGCCAGCCGCCACCGGUUACCAUAUUCCACACAGUUGGUUAAAUAGCUAUUUGUCACUGAGAGAUUCCAGAUGUGUGUUUGUGACGUUGACAGUAUUUCAGCUAAAAUAAAAAUGAGCUUUCACUUUGGUUAGAACGUGUUGUUUUUAUAGGACAGCAGCGGUGCGACCAACCCUAAAAAGCAGAACAGAGAUGUGUCCUUGUUGCGACAGCUGGGGGAAUCCUCUGAUUCAUCACAGUUACCAGUUUACCCACAGCAGAGUGCUUUAGCUAAGACACACAAUACAGUCCUCAUGAGGUGUGUGUUACUUUACUUCCCGACAACCACACUCG